GUACCUAGGUAAGAUCUCCCAUGUCUCAUGUAUCUCGCCAGUGUACCUAGGUAAGAUCUCCCACGUCUCAUGUAUCUCGCCAGUGUACCUAGGUAAGAUCUCCCACGUCUCAUGUAUCUCGUCAGUGUACCUAGGUAAGAUCUCCCAUGUCUCAUGUAUCUCGCCAGUGUACCUAGUGAUGAGGUACGAGAGCGAGGGUUUACUGUGAUAUUGGACAUGCGAGGCUCCACCUGGCAGACCGUGAAGCCCAUCCUUAAGGCACUGCAGGAAUGUUUCCCCGGCAACAUCCACAUUGCCUAUAUAAUCAAACCCGAGAAGUUCUGGGAGAAACAAAGGACGAGUCUAGGAAGUGCCAAGUACAACUUUGAGACCAACAUGAUCUCACUGGACAGUCUUCAGAAAGUGAUUGAUCAGACUCAACUCACCCGGGAGUUUGAAGGAUCUUUGGAUUAUGACCAUGAGCAGUGGAUUCAGCUACGACUGAUGCUGGAGGAAUUCAUCUGGAAGGCUCUGGACUUGCUGGACAAGUUGGAUGAGCUGGGUGAGAUCCUGACCAACCCCGAGCUGCCGGACGACCUGAACGGGUCACAACAGCUGCUGGAGGAACAUAACCACCUAAAGAAGCGGGUGACCCUCGCCCCCGUAGAGAACCUGGCUGCGGAGGGCCACCACAUACUUCGCAAGAUCACAGGCGAUGAGGAGAGCCAGUCAGGUACUGGUCGUGGGUUUGUAGUGUCAGGCAACGCAGACUUCCAGAGUGCUGUGCCGCAGAUCUCGCAGCUACUGGACAACCUCCACUCCACCAAGCAGCAUCUGAACCAGCUGUGGACCGUCAAGAAGAUGAGGCUGGAGCAGUGCCUUCAGCUGCGCAUCUUUGAGGAGGACGUGGAGAAAAUGUUUGACUGGAUUAGUCAUAACCGAGAUCUGUUUCUAGUCAACUAUACAGAAAUCGGGACAUCUCACCAGUUUGCUGUUGAACUGGAAUCUGAACAUAGUCAAUUUGCUACUAGUGCUGUGAAUGUAUAUGUGAAUAUAACUCGUAUCCUGGGGAUGGCGCAGCGUCUGUGUGAUGCCGGACACUACGCUUCCAAGACAAUCCGCAUGCAGGCUGGGAAACUAGAGCGAGAGUGGAAGAGUCUGGCCGCUGCCCUCGACGACCGGAGCACUGUCCUGCGCAUGUCGGUCAUGUUCCACAAGAAGGCAGAGCAGUACCUGGCUCAGGUAACAAGCUGGCAGAAUGUGUGUGAGAACCUGCGGAUACCAUCUCACAUUGAGGACCUGGAAGAGGCGCUCCAGCAACACCAGAACCUCAUCGAGACCAUCACACAAACCUACGCUGAGGUGUGUGGGGACGGUAAGUCUCUACUGGACACACUCCAGACGCCGGUAUCGUCCGGCUCCAGCAACUCUCUGACGGCCAAGGCGGACUACUCAGAAGCUGCUGGACAUGUGCUGGACGUCGUCCACGAGGUGCUUGCCCACCAGCGCCAUCUGGAGCAGAUCUGGCACGCCAAGAAGGUGAAGCUGCACCAGCGUCUCGGGCUACGUCUCUUCCAGCAGGACGUCAAACAGGUUAUUGACUGGCUGGACAACCAUGGAGACAUUUUUCUGGCCAAAAAUACAUCAAUCGGAAAGUCAUUACAACGGGCAAAAGCAUUACAGAAAAGUCACGAACAUUUUGAAUCUGUGGCACAGAAUACUGUGACCAACGCGGAGAAGUUGUUGGCCGCGGCGGACGAGCUGGCACAGACGGGGGAGUGUGACCCGAAGGAGAUCUAUAGUGAAGCACAGGAGUUGGAGGAACGCAUGCACAACUUUGUGUCGGCCUUGGAGCAGCGCCGAGCUAUCCUGGACAUGACCGUGUCCUUCUACACACACGUGCACGAGUUUUCGCUGCAGUUGACAUCCUGGCUGGAGGAGUUGCAGCAGGAGCUCCAGAGCUCAGAGAUCGCGGACUCCGUGGAAGGGGCGGAGCAACUUCUCGCCCAGUUCAACCAGCAAAGGGAGACAACCAUUGAAGCUGCCUACAACACUGUUGGAGAGGGAGAGACUCUUGUCGAACACUUCAGAGCUAUACAGCUGGAGGAUGAGCGCAACCAGAACACGGACCUGACCCACAUCGAAGGUGUGCUGCACCAACUGAAUGAGAGUCGGAGUCAGCUUGAAGAGCUAUGGGCGGCACGGAAAAUGAAACUGGACUUGUGUCUUCAGCUGCGCGUCUUUGAGAGAGAUGCCCUAGAGGUGUCGUCGCAGUUGGAGCUGUGGUCGGAGGAGCUGCAGCACAUGGAGAUGGUGACAGACGGCAGCAAGGCAGAGCAGCUACUGCAGAUGCACAGCGACAGCGUCCUGCACAUGCAGAACUGCACCUUCGAGGUGCUGCAGCGAGGACAGGAGCUCUGUCAGUUGACGGAGAGUUCGGGCGUGCAGCUGAUGUCAGACUCUCAGUACGAUGCCCAGACACGCAUCCAGGUGUUGCUGGAGUACCUGCACGAGCGAGAGAUGGACCUUGAGACACUGGCAGAACAGAAGCGCAUCAGACUCGAGCAGUGUGUCCUCCUCCGCAACUUCGAGAUUGAAGCUAGACAGGUGAUCUGCUGGGUGCGGAAUGGGGAGUCGAUGCUGACGGCCAGCUUCAUGUGCCCCAACUCCCUGCUGGAGGCAGAGCAGCUGAAGAAGGAGCACGAACAGUUCAUGAUGGCCAUCGAGAAAACCCACAUCAGUGUGGUGCAGGUCACCCAGAAGGCGGAGGCCAUGAUACAAGGGCAACACUACAACUCCGAACUCGUGCGAGCUAUUGCUGAAAAUGUCACGUUGGCAUGGCAACAACUUAUGUACCAUGCAGAAGAGAGGCACAAACUGGUGAUGGCAUCGAUGAACUGGUACAAGACUGCUGAACAGGUUUGGUCAGUGCUGGAGUCUUUGGACCGAGACUACAAGCGGGACGAGGACUGGUGUAGUUCUGAUAAGGCGCACAUCGCGGACAAGGUGGCGUACCUGGUGCAGCUCAUCAACAAGCAUAACGAGCAGAAGGAGGCCUUCCUCAAGGCCUGCACCCUGGCGCGGCGGACAGCCGAGACGUUCCUCAAGUACGUCAACAGAAACCUCCACUUCCUCGGCAUGGAGAUGAAGUUCCGCAGUCCGGAGGGCCACGUCAAGGCUACCCUGGACCAGCUGCUUCAGCAGGAGAACAUCGUCAUCGAGUUCUGGACGUACAAGAAGAGGAAGCUGGAACAGUGCCAGCAGUUUGUGCUGUUUGAGCAGAGCGCCAAGCAGGCGCUGGAGUGGAUCCACGACUACGGCGAGGCAUACCUCAACUCCCACACCCACCUCGGGGCCAACAAGCAGGAGACAGAGGGACUACUGAAGGAGCACUACGACUUCCGCAACAGAGCAAAGGAGACUAAGGAGAAUGUAAAGCUGUUGCUGCAGCUGGCAGACGGUUUCGUGGCGAAGGGCAACAUCCAUGCCACAAGCAUCAUGCAGUGGUGCGCCGCCGUGGACAAGCGGUACAAGGAUUUCUCGUCUCGCAUGGAGAAAUAUAGGCUUCAGCUGGAGAGCAAGUUGGGAGUCACGGAGAAGGAGCCGGAGCAGACAGACAAGGACGACCAGCGUGAGCAGCGGCAGAGUGACGGAUCCAUUGAGGAGAAGCUCCAGAAGGGCACGCCCAAGGAGCUGACAGAGGAGAAGAGGAAGUCCGCCCGCCGCAGAGAGUUCAUCAUGGCGGAACUGCUGCAGACGGAGAGAACGUACGUCAAGGACCUGGAGACAUGUCUGAAGUGCUACAUGUAUGUGAUGGACGACCCCAGCAACAACGCACCACCAGGGAUCCAGGGAAAACAGAAAGUUAUAUUCGGAAAUCUGGAUGAAAUCUAUGAAUUCCAUAAAAGCAUAUUUUUAAAAGAAUUAGAAAAAUACGAAACAAUUCCAGAAGAUGUCGGCCAUUGCUUUGUCACAUGGGCUGAGAAGUUCUCUAUUUAUGUGACCUACUGUAAAAACAAACCCGAUUCCAACGCCUUGUUAGUGGACCAAGCUGGCAACUUCUUUGAGGAGAUGCAGAGCAAGCACAAACUGAAUGACCCCGUGGCCUCCUUCCUCAUCAAGCCGGUGCAGCGCAUUACCAAGUACCAGCUGCUCCUCAAGGACCUGCUGACCUGCUGCGAGGAACACACCGGCGAAAUAAAGGAUGGGCUCGAUGUGAUGCUGAAUGUGCCGAAGAAGGCCAAUGACGCGAUGCACCUGAGCAUGUUGGAGGGGGUGGAGGAGAGCCUGGAGGCGCUGGGGGAGGUGUUACUGCAGGACAACUUCACCGUGUGGGACCCCAAGCAGCUCAUCAAGAAGGGCCGCGAGCGACACAUCUUCCUCUUCGACGUCUGUCUCAUUUUUGCCAAGGAGGUUAAAGACAGCACUGGCAAAUCCAAAUAUAUGUAUAAAUUUAAACUAAUGAUCUCAGAAGUUAAUGUAACGGAGCACAUAGAGGGAGAUGAAACCAAGUUUGCCCUGUGGACCGGUAGAGCGCCCAUCUCAGACUACAGAAUAAUACUUAAGGCCUCCUCGCUGGACACCAAGCAGCAGUGGGUGAAGAAGAUGCGGGAGCUCAUUCAGGAGCGUAUGAUGUACAUGCAUGAUGCACUCAAAGACAAACAACCAACCAUGUUCAAACCACCACCGAAACUCUUCUACGGGAGCCGAGUCAGCAGGGAUAUGGAAAGUGACACCGCCUCUCUGGAAGAAAUUGGAAUGGACCGGAGAGGUUCCUUGACGUCCAUAAACUCCACAGCCACCAGUGGGACCACGGACAGCAGCAGCAGCGGCGGGAUGCACAAGGGUGCGGGUGAUGUUACUGUAGUGAUAGAAGACUUCUCUGCUUCAACAAGCAAUGAGGUCACAUUGGCCAAAGGUCAGAGUGUGGAGGUCAUUGAUGCUGCACCAGGUCACUCCGACUGGUGUCUGGUCCGGACAGUGCCAAAUGAUUCAGGGGAGACAACCCAAGGACUGGUGCCAAUGUCAGCUCUCAAACCUAUUGCCAUUUUGAGGGCUCCAGGUUCACGAAACAGCCUUGACCUUGAUGAAGGAGAAGGCUCAUCUGGACUGAACGCCUCGGCUUCUUCCCCGGUGACAAAGAGAAGAAGCAGCUUCAGGAAAUGGUUGACAAACCCUGUGCGUAAGCUGAGCCAUGGCAAGAUUGAGAAACAGGGUCAGGCUCUCCUUGAAGCCCAGCGACUGGCGGCAGCCAAAGGGGAGCGGAAGGUGCUCAACCCACUUGGGGCAGCAAAGGCAGGCCUUCUUUCUUACUUCUUACACACAGUCAAACAUACACUUAGUCGCCAAACACACACAGUCAAACAUACACUUAGUCGCCAAACACACAGAGUCAAACAUACACUUUGUCGCCAAACACACAUAGUCAAACAUACACUUCGUCGCCAAACACACAGAGUCAAACAUACACUUAGUCAUCAAACACACAGAGUCAAACAUACACUUAGUCGCCAAACACACAGUCAAACAUACACUUAGUCAUCAAACACACAGAGUCAAACAUACA